UCCACUACUUCGGAGUCCAGGCGGUGCCUAGCAGACGUGUAGGGUUGCUCUCUGCGAAACAGCCUUGACAGCACCACUACAGAAAUGGCGGAGGGAGAGUUGGACGUCGACUCGCUUAUCUCCAGACUCCUAGAGGUGAGAGGAUGUCGUCCGGGGAAGAUCGUGCAGAUGACGGAGGCGGAGGUCCGAGGGCUCUGCAUCAAAUCCAGAGAGAUCUUCCUCAGCCAGCCCAUCCUUCUGGAACUGGAGGCUCCGCUCAAAAUCUGUGGUGACAUCCACGGCCAGUACACAGACCUGCUGCGGCUCUUUGAGUACGGCGGCUUCCCCCCCGAGGCCAACUACCUGUUCCUGGGUGACUACGUGGACCGAGGGAAGCAGUCGCUGGAGACCAUCUGCCUGCUGCUGGCCUACAAGAUCAAGUACCCCGAGAACUUCUUCCUUCUGCGCGGCAACCACGAGUGCGCCUCCAUCAACCGCAUCUACGGCUUCUACGACGAGUGCAAGCGCCGGUUCAACAUCAAAUUGUGGAAGACCUUCACCGACUGUUUCAACUGCCUUCCCAUCGCCGCCAUUGUGGACGAGAAAAUCUUCUGUUGCCACGGAGGUCUUUCCCCUGACCUUCAGUCCAUGGAGCAGAUCCGCCGCAUCAUGAGGCCUACAGACGUGCCCGACACAGGGUUGCUGUGCGACCUGCUGUGGUCGGACCCUGAUAAGGACGUGCAGGGCUGGGGCGAGAAUGACCGCGGAGUCUCCUUCACGUUCGGAGCCGACGUGGUCAGCAAGUUCCUCAACCGCCACGACCUAGACCUCAUCUGCAGAGCACACCAGGUAGUGGAGGAUGGCUAUGAGUUCUUUGCCAAGAGGCAGCUGGUCACUCUGUUCUCAGCACCCAACUACUGCGGCGAGUUUGACAACGCCGGGGGAAUGAUGAGCGUGGACGAGACUCUCAUGUGCUCCUUUCAGAUCCUGAAGCCCUCGGAGAAGAAGGCCAAGUACCAGUACGGAGGCAUGAACUCUGGCCGACCAGUCACCCCACCGCGCACAGCCACCCCUCCCAAGAAGCGAUGAGCGAGGGACGCGUGAGGUGUGCGAGGAAGAAAAGAACGAGUGGAUGAGUGAAGGAUGCUAAAAAGAGAGAGAGAAGGGGGAGGAGAGGAAAAAGGGAUGGUGCUGUGAAAUGAGAAACGAGAAGAAAAAAAAAAAACGAGAAAAAAGCUGAUUUUUUUUGUUUGUCCUUUUGAAGACAUUGAACUUUUAUUUCUCUCGUCUUUUUUUUUGCUCCCUCACUUUCUCUCCUUCCUCUUCUCUUCAGGAUGUUUUGUGUAUCGCUUAUUGCCUAGAUCUUCCAUCCCCCAAUCCCUUUUCAACGCAUUUUGUCGGUGUAACCUUUACCUCCCACCCCUCCACACAUACAGUAGGACUACAUACUCUCUACAACACACACACACACACACAUCUGUUUUUAAAAAGAAGUGUUUGAAAAAAUUAAAUAAAUAAACAAAAAAAGAUUUAAAAGAUCACCAUGGCGAUCAUUCUGUUUGUGUAUCAGAGUGUUGUUUCCCUCUUCCCCAGUUUAGCUUUUUUUUUUCUUCUCUGCUUUUAACAGGAUGACGCACAACUACUAGCUUUUAUUUUGUUUCUUUUUUUUUAGUUGACCAUUUCAUCCCUCCCAGGCCUGUUUGGCAUAAACGGGCAUUACUGUUGAUUGCUGGGUUUUCAAUAAACUUGGGGAUUAAAACAUUUAA